AGCUGGCAGGCAUGCGCCAGGCCAAUCUCGUGGACUCCUUGGCUCUGUGUGAUUUCCUAGCUUGGCUAGAGGACAUCACCAGUUCUGCCCAAUCACCGGCAGGCGGUGGUGCGGGUAGUUCCGACCCUGAUCCCUGCGGGGUUGUGGCCGAUCCCCCCAAGGUUCUGAACGAGGCCACUCUGGCCAACUACCUGGAUAGAAUAAGAGCUGCGGCCGAGGGCUGCAAGGGCCUUAGCUUCUCUACCAUAUCCGGUAUUGGUAAGUUAGCCUCUUUUUCAGGUCAAUGA